UUUCCUUGAGAACCAGCAAAGACUAAGAAAACGAGAUCCAAGCAAGCUACAAAACAUGACUUCUGAUGCUAGUCACAUGCUUGAAGCUGCUCUGGAACAGAUGGAUGAUAUCAUUGCAGGUACCAAGGCAGCUGCAGAAUAUACAAAUGGUGUCUAUGACAUGGUGUCACCCGCUCAAUCAAUGUAUUUUGGCUCACUUCAAAUUUUGCACCUCUUGGAAGAUUUGAAGUUAGCGUUAGAAAUGCUCAAGGAUCCUCAAGAGAAAGAAGCUUUGUGGCACCAAGUACCAGGGGCUACAAUAGCUUGCAUACAUGACUGGCUGGAGGAACAUCUGUCUCAGGUGAAUCAUCAUACUUCCACCAGUAAUGAGACGUAUCAAGAACGUCUGACAAGAUUAGAAGGUGAUAAAGAAUCUCUCAUAUUGCAGGUGAGUGUUCUCACAGACCAAGUUGAAGCCCAAGGAGAAAAAAUCCGAGACUUAGAAGUUUGCCUUGAAGGGCACCAGCUGAAGCUUAAUGCUACAGAAGAGAUGCUUCAACAGGAACUGUUAAGUCGGACGUUGCUAGAAACUCAGAAAUUGGAUUUAAUGGCAGAAGUUUCAGAUCUGAAAAUCAAACUGGUUGGAAUGGAGAAGGAACAGAGCGAGUAUAAAGAGAAGCAGAACAAAGCUGAGAAUUUGUUACAGGAACUCAAACACCUGAAAAUUAAGGUUGAAGAGCUAGAAAAUGAAAGGACUCAAUAUGAAUGGAAACUGAAAGCAACUAAAGCUGAAAUAGCACAGCUUCAAGAACAGUUAGCUCUAAAAGACUCAGAAAUUGAACGAUUACAGAGUCAAAUCUCGAGGACAUCAGCAAAUAAUGAAAUUGCAGAGAGAGAGGAAGUGUAUAAGAGAAGGCUUAAAGAAAAACAGCAAGAAGUCCAGUGUUUAAAAGUAGGAAUGGAAUCACUAUUGGCUGCAAAUCAGGAAAAGGACCGUCGCAUAGAAGAGUUAACUGUUUUGCUAGGCCAGUACCGAAGGGUGAAAGAGAUAAUGCUAGCGGUCCAAGGGACCUCAGAAAGAGUUUUGACUGGUAGUGGUGAAGUUGAUUUUGAAGCAACCUUAAGGAAAUGGAACCACAUGCAUGCGCCACAAUUAGAAUAUAAAUCAGAGAUACCUCAAGGAGACGUGGCCCCACCUAUAUUGCUUCCUGCACCACAAAAAAUACUGGAAAUCAGCAGGGGAAGCUCUCCAGUUCCCUCAAAUAAGCUAUCUUUGACAAAUGGGGAAACCCUGGAAUUUCAAAAUAGGAUAUCUCAGAAAAAAAUUUCAAGUAGUCUAGAAGACUUGCAAAGUGAAUCUUUGGAAAAGCAUGUUGAUGGGAAACCAGUAGAACGUGAUCUAGGAGAAGAGAAUAAAACUCAUGUGAAAAGCAGCAAGUACCAAACCUUGCCAGGAAAACUUCCUCGAACAGCACACAAUGGGGAUAACCACUUGUACAAUACACCUGCUACUCCAUGUUGUAUAAAUGGCAGUGAGGACAACGGCAUACAGAGCCUGAGAGCCCCUGACCACAUGGACAGCACAACUUCAGGGGAACUUUCACCCUUGUCGUCUGGAACAGUUUCAGGUGCACAGUCUCCAUUAUCUCCAGACAGUAAAAGAAGUCCAAAAGGAAUUAAAAAAAUAUGGGGAAAGAUACGUCGAACUCAGUCUGGAAAUUUCCCUGGAGAUGAUCUCGGUUUAGUUGAAUUUCGAAGAGGUGGUCUCCGUGCAACAGCUGGACCUCGAUUAUCUCGGUCAAAGGACACCAAGGGACAAAAGAGUGAUCAUAAUGCCCCAUUUGCCCAAUGGGGCACUGAACGUGUUUGCAACUGGCUUGAGGACUUUGGUCUUGGUCAGUAUGUCAUUUUUGCAAGACAGUGGAUAACAUCUGGCCAUACACUUCUGACAGCAACACCUCAGGAUAUGGAAAAGGAAUUAGGAAUUAAGCAUCCUUUACACAGGAAGAAAUUGGUUUUGGCAAUCAAAGCUAUUAAUGCAAAACAAGAUGAUAAGUCUGCACAGUUAGAUCAUAUCUGGGUUACACGAUGGCUUGAUGAUAUCGGUUUACCUCAGUACAAAGAUCAGUUUCAUGAAUCACGAGUUGAUGGCAGAAUGCUGCAAUAUCUAACUGUGAAUGACCUCCUCUUCCUCAAAGUCACAAGUCAGCUGCAUCACCUCAGCAUUAAAUGUGCCAUCCACGUGCUACACGUGAACAAUUUUAACCCGCAUUGCUUACGCAGAAGACCAGCAGAUGAGAAUAAUGUUUCAUCAUCAGAAGUAGUUCAAUGGUCCAAUCAUAGAGUGAUGGAAUGGCUCAGAUCAGUAGAUUUGGCAGAAUAUGCACCAAACCUUCGAGGAAGCGGCGUUCACGGUGGACUCAUCAUCCUGGAGCCUCGUUUCAAUGGAGACACUCUAGCAAUGCUCCUCAACAUUCCACCCCAAAAGACUCUGCUAAGACGCCACUUAACCACAAAUUUCAAUGUGCUCAUCGGGCCAGAGGCUCAGCAAGAUAAAAGGGAAAUCGUGGAAUCUACCGCUUAUACAGCUCUGACUACCACCGCAAAAGUCCGGCCAAAGAAACUUGGAUUUUCACAUUUUGGAAACUUAAGAAAAAAGAAGUUUGAUGAAUCUACAGAUUAUAUUUGCCCUAUGGAUACAAGUAUAACCAAUGGCACUCAGAAGAGCUAUGGUGCAUAUAGAGUGCAUAACACCCUCCCUGACAAAGAAUUAGACAAACUGGAUCAGAUGGACCACUCAGAAGGAACAGUGAUGCAAAUAGGGGAGCUGUCUCGAGGAAUAAACAACCUUACGACAAUGUUAAGCCAAGAUCAAAUGCUGAACAACGAUCAAUUUUUAACAUCAACUUUUGAGGACUGGAGAUGAAGACGCCACAGGAAUAACACUAAAUCCUUUCUCCUAUUAUGACAGAAAACUGAUGCAACAAGCUGGAUGCUAUACCUAGAAAUAUAUCAUUUUCUUUGCCACUAAAGUAUGUGAAAGUUCAAUGUGCUUUUAAAGGAUACACAUAUACACAGAGAAAAACGCUAUGAUCUAGGUAGUAAAAACACGCAUUCAACAAACUAUACUAUUUUUCUAGAAAUUUGGAAAUCAAAGAUCUGUUGUUAAUCUAUUUUAAUCACUACAAACAAUUUAAUAGUGAUCCAUUUUUCUAUCUUUUGUAAUUCUAAGAUUUGGUUAUAGUGCACAGCAAUGGAACUGCAAUAGAUUUCGAAGCUGUAGUUAUUCUUUAGUGUAGUUUGUGCAAUGAUGUAUAUUGAAUCUGAACUAUGGUAGUGAGAAAGUGAUUCCUUGAUGUAUUAAAAAUGUGUUCAUUGGUUCAAGACAGUCAUGAUCAAGAGCAACAUAACCCCUGAUGAUCAAUAGACGCAACCAUGCAGCUAUCUUUAAAGUAGUA